CGUCCCAUCCAUCAGCAGCUCUCCUCCCCUCGCUCUCCAAACACACCUGAUUACCCGGCCCCUCUCUCAUCGUGACGGACGCCACUCGCGCGGCUCUCGACAGCAUGGAGACGCUCCUCCGCCGCAGAGUCCAACUGGUGCCGGCGGCUCCCCUCGCUGAUAUUUAAAGGUCACCCGAGGCGCCGAGGGUCGCAUUUCUCCGAGGACUUGACUUUCACCCCCGGGACGGAGACCUUGCUCAGCGGCAGGCUGGACCACCAACCUCUCCACAGAACGCCGCGAGCCCGCAGAGCGCAGAUGAUCGCGACCGGUGUGUGUGGCGUCGCGCUGGUGCUGGUGCUGGUGGUUCUGAUCCCGGUCAUGGUCAGCUCCGCCGGGACCCCCGGCCGGUAUGAGAUGCUGGGCUCCUGUCAGAUGGUGUGCGACCCCCACGGGACGGCGGUGACCGCGGCGGCCAAGGAAACCAGCCCCAUCAAGGAGAACCGCCUGGUCCAGUCGCUGCCCACCUUCAUCCAAGGACCUCAAGGAGAACCGGGGCGCAUCGGGAGGAUGGGUCCGAGGGGUCCGGCGGGCGAGCCGGGAGCGCCUGGACCCGCCGGACCGCCCGGAGAGCGAGGCGCGCCGGGUCCUCCGGGGCCGCCCGGACUGAACGGACCCACCGGUGCCAUCAGCGCCGCCACCUACAGCACCGUGCCCAAGAUCGCGUUUUACGCGGGACUGAAGAAGCAGCACGAGGGCUACGAGGUGCUCAAGUUCGACGACGUCGUCACCAACCUCGGGAACCACUACGACCCCGCCACAGGGAAGUUCACCUGUUCGAUUCCCGGGAUUUACUACUUCAUUUACCACGUGUUGAUGCGCGGCGGGGACGGAACCAGCAUGUGGGCCGACCUCUGCAAGAACAACCAGGUGAGAGCCAGCGCCAUCGCCCAGGACGCGGACCAGAACUACGACUACGCCAGCAACAGCGUGGUUCUGCACCUGGAGCCCGGAGACGAGAUUUACAUCAAGCUGGAUGGCGGGAAGGCGCACGGCGGGAACAACAACAAGUACAGCACCUUCUCCGGGUUCAUGCUGUACGCGGACUGAGACUCGCGCUCAUCCUCCUCAUCCUCAUCAUCGUCAUGACUCGGCUGGACCACAACAGGUCACCGCUGUUCCCCCGCUUCUGUAGAUGACGUCCUAGGAAAGUAUAGCACAUUUACAAGAGCGCGUUAAAUCAUCGUCGAGGCGGCGCGAAUGUCCCGCCUCACCUGUAAAAUACCUGCGUCAGGACCUUCUUUAGGGACCAAACAAAGAGAAAAGCAAACAGAGCUCACCAUUUCUCAAGAAGCAAAACACACAUCUUAAGCACAUGAACUAAAACAUCCACUUUAUUGUGGUCACAAAUUCAGUCUCCUCGCUGACAUGCGCAGACAGGUGCGCAAAAGUUGCGGCUGAUCUCAUCGCGAGCCUGAGAAAAACUGACCUGGACCAGGGGGGAAGUGGAAGAGCAAAUACAUCUUAAGAGAAAAGAAACAAAGUAAACAACAGCAAAGAAACAAAAACAGUGAGCAGGGAAGACACUGCCCUUGUGAAGCUUUAAAACAACCCUAAAACACUUCAGGUCCUAAAGUGAACGUGCACGGUCUCGUGUUUAUGAGGUCGUGGGGGCAGCAGCUGAGGUCAAGACUUUCCUUUCCCCCCAAAACAGCGGCGUUCCCAGGUGAGUGGAACAGGUCUCUCCAGCGUGUCCCGGGGAGCCAGACGCUCUGGCAUCAAACAUGAACAAACAUCAACAUUCUCGCAUCAAACGUAGCCGUGUGUCGUUCAUGAAAGCAGCACGGCGACAGGCGAGUGACGCGUGGAGCUCAGUACUGAGACCCUUCUCCAGCACCAUCUCGCUGACCCCGCUGACCCCUUCUUGUUGCAGCCUUCUAUUGUCAGUGCCGCAUCCGUAUGAGCUGUUCCCGCCUCCCACCUACUGUUUGAACAGGCAACCUUUGCUCCCAGUAAACACUGGCUACAUCAGCCGCCGUGUGUAGCGCCGCCGAGUCUGGGGUUGAGAUUUCUCUGCCGUCCUCGCGGUCUGAGCGGCGGCGACACCUCAUCCUCGACAGACUUUGCUGAAUCACCUUGAGUUUGAAAAAAUAAAUGUCUUUACAUUUGAGUCAAAAGUCUGUCCAUUUUGGAAAGUGGUGACGGAUGGUCUUGUCAUCGUCAUGGCGACAGCUGGCCGGGACAGCAGGGUGGUCCGGUGGUUAGUCACCGCCGUCAAACUGGACACCAGCAUGUCCCGGUGCACCCGACGACAUCCAUCGAUCCGCCGUCUGUUUGCAGAUGAAAUGAUCAGCCAGAGCGCCGUCCUCCCUGGAGAUGAAUCCAAACUUAUGAUGUCACCCUGCGAGGCCACCUGUUCCCAGAUGAGGAGAACAUGUCCUUCAUCUGGGCUCAGCUCGGCGCCCGCUGAGGGGCGACUCAUCCAACACCGACCAGAGCCGCGCCGCAUACUGAUCACUCUCUGUCUCCAGGAGCCGUGAAACCGUUCGCACCGUGUCUGUUGCUCCAUCGAACCCGUGCGGAGCCCAGCAAUGUCAUGACACUUUCAUGUCUCAAUAAAGUUUCA